CAUCUUUACCUGCAGCACGGCUCGGCUCGGCUCGGCUGUCAAGCAACUUCAGUGAUCGUUUGAGUUUUUGUUUGCUUAUGGUUACCGAGGCGGACAGCUGCCCUCUCUUUCUGCCUCUCUCCCGUUGAACUUUACAGGGAUGUUAUAUGAGAGCAUCACACCGCGAGUGCUGAAGAAAGUGUAGGACGGAGGAGAAGAGUGAACUACGAGAGAGACUCGAACCUCUUCUUCUGCUACUUUUUGUUCGGCUUAAUACAGGAGAAAAGGAGAGUGAGCGAGAGACACAGAGAGAAAGAGAGAUAGAGAGUGUGUGCAGGAGAGAGAGAGAGAGAUAGAGAGUGCAGGAGAGAGAGAGAGUGCAGGAGAGAGAGAGAGUGAGAGAGAAGUCGCUCAGGUUUUUUGGAGCUAAGCUUUCAUGCCGUCAGUCUUGCGGACUCUGAGAUGGACGUCAGAUUUUAUCCAGCUCCCCCUUCAAGCGUGGGUUCAUGUACGUUACCGACUGACUCCGGUUUGGACUAUUACCACUCCAACAAGAGCAGAUACGGUGCUGCAGAUCGAGGUGUGAGGCUCUACAGUUCCCUUCCCAUGCGCCCAAACCCUGACGGCAAGAGACUGCCCUCUACUGGGUUUGAUGGUGAAAACAUGUACAUGAAUGAAAACAACCAUGACUUCCUCCCACCAAACCAGAGCUACACAGGUCAGAGCGGCGGCGGCGGAGGCUCCGGCAGUGGGAAUGGAGCCGGGGACGAAGACUACGAGAUCCCCCCCAUCACUCCACCGAACCACCCCGAGCCUCCUCUCCUCCACCUGAUGGAGCAUGACUCUACAGGCUACCUCUGCCACUCGCUGCAACACAAUGGGCUCAUCAACCCGUAUUCCUACCCAGAGCUCAUGAUGUCCAACAUGCUGGCACAGGACGGCCACCUUGUCUCCAGCCAAAUGCCCUCAAUGCAGGAGAUGGCUUUGCACCACCACCAACAGCAACACCAUCACCAGCACCCAGAUGGCUCUCAUUAUGACCCCGCCCGUAACCACCCCCUGAUAAACCGCUCACCUCCGAUACUCCCCAACCCCAUGAGCGCACUGACCCAGCUAAACCCUCAGGUCAGCAGGAGUGCACUGCCUCAUGGUUCCCCUUCACCUCCCGGAAGUAAAUCGGCCACACCCUCCCCCUCAAGCUCCAAUCAGGAGGAGGAGACUGAUCCUCAUUCGAAGAUCACGGGCGAGAAGCGGCCGUCUUCAGAGAUGAUGAAGCCCAAACCCAAACCCCCAAAAAAGAAGAAGAAGAAGGAUCCCAAUGAGCCGACAAAGCCCGUGUCCGCCUACGCCUUGUUCUUCAGAGACACCCAGGCCGCCAUUAAAGGACAGAAUCCCAACGCCACCUUCGGAGACGUCUCCAAGAUAGUGGCCUCCAUGUGGGACGGAUUGGGAGAGGAGCAGAAACAGAACUACAAGAGGAAAACAGAGGCUGCGAAGAAGGAGUACCUGAAAGCCCUGGCCGCCUACAGAGCGAGUCUGGUUUCCAAGACAUAUGAUCCCGUGGAGACAAAAGGUGGCCAGACAGGUCAGGGUUCUCCACACAUGAUGCCCGCUAACCCGCCCCUGUACAGCGGGCCACCUCCCCCCCAGCCGUCGUCGCCCUACCUGGGGCCCGGGGCCUUCCCUCUCACCGACCUGCAGAGCUACGCAGGACACGCCCCUCGCCACACCCUGUCGCAGACGCUCAGCCAAUCGCAGAUGCUGCCAAGCAUUAGUGCCUCUCCCCCUUCCUCCUUCCAGAUCAGCCCACCCCUUCACUCCCACCAGCAGCUCUCCCUGCACCAGAGCUCGCUGCUGAACCAGCCCAUCCGCAUGCAGCAGGUCCAGUCCCAGCCAAUCAUCUCUCACCAGAUGGGGCUGCAGGCCUCUCUUCACUCCCCACCGCCUGGGCAGCAGGGGUUUUCCCACCUCCAGUCAGAAUAUCAGAAGAGUAUUGGGGGUUCCCAGUCUCCAGGAGCCCCUGGUCCUGGUCCUGGAGGGGCUCAGAGCCAUGACUGGGACAGUGAAUACUGCAAUCGGGAGUGUGGCAACCACUGCAGUGGCAGCAUGAUUGGCAGGGACAAGCCACUCUACCUCACCUGAAACUGAAGAUCACGCUCGGUCGACAAACACGACACAGAGAAGUCUCCUCUCGUCCCCCCCCCCCGCCCCGCCCCUUUCCCCCCCCCUCUCAACCCUCCUCUUCUGACACACACACUUACACACGGUUCACACUUAACAUACAAUAACAUGCAUUCGUACACACACACACACACACACACACACACACAUUCUGACCUCCCAAACCACCACCAACACCACCACCUUGUUUUUUAUUCUUAUUUUGUUGUCAAUGUGAUGAUUAUUUCUUCGGGAUUCUAGAAGAAUUUGUGAGUUUUUUUGAGUAGAUGACUGCUGUUUGUACCACUUAAUGUAACAGCAGUCCUCCUGCUGUUUAAAAUUAGCCAAGCACUUAUACGGCCCCCCCCCCCUCCUCCUCCUCCUCCUCCUCCUCCUCCUCUCUGAGUUGUGUAUCUAUGGCGGCUGUGAUACAGGCCGGGCUGUAGAGCGCUUCUCUUCUGUGUCACCAUCACGGUCCGCGCAUGGACCCCAUCCAGCUUUAAUAGAAGAAGAAGAAAAAGAAGAAGAAGAAGAAGAAGACACUCUUUGUCUUCUUUAACCAUUUUAAUUUCAUUUUUUGCAUUUUUUUAUUUUCCUUUUUGUUGUUGUUGUUGUUGUUUUAUUUAUUUCUGGCUUGCAAAAUUGUCCCUCUUUUUCGUUUUUUGCCAAUAAGUGUUGGGCCCUGUACUGUAGGAAAAUAUUAACUUCUAGUAGGUUCAGCGCAGGCUUUGAUGUUAUGGUAGCUUUGCUUAAGGGCCUGCAAAUUGAGACAACAAGCUGGGGGUGGGGGAAAGAAACUAAACGAAAGUAAUCUUUUUUUAAUAUUAAAGACCUGUUGAGGUCUACUGAGCGGUCACAGUGUGAUUGUAAAUAUCACUUUUAUGGGAUCAAAUUGGGAAUUGGAAGUCCAGAUAGAUUUGUUUCUUCUUUAAUAUUACAUGUAAGUCAUUUUGUGUGCAUGUGUGCGUGCGUGCUUGUGUGUGUGUGUGUGUCUGGACGUUAGAAUGUACACCAUUCAUGACGUGUGAAUAUGACUGUGUACGUGCACGGAAACACACACUCGUGCGCUAGAGUGUGUCAGCGGUCGAGUGUCGAGUCUUUCUCGUGAAUUUUAACAGCCUUGUGCAGCUGGAUUUCAGAGGAGUAUUUCACACUCUCGUUCUUGCAUUAAAUCUGUGCUCACUGGUGUGUUUUUUUUCCAAUAAAGUUCAAUCUAAAACCGAAUACACAAUAUGUGUCCUGCAGAUCAUUAAAUGGAAAGAGCCAGGUGAGAGAUGAAGAAGAAAGAGAUAGAAAGACAGAAAGAAACGCCGUGAGAUAGAAUGCGAUAUAUAUUGUUGCGGUUGGAGAGAGAAGAAAAAAAAAGAUAUUGCCUCAAAAUGCCCCCCCCCCACCCCCACACACACACCUCCCUUUUCUUAUUUUCUCUGACCAUAAUGUCAGUUUUGUCUCCUCGACAUGCACAAGUGAAGUGAUGAAAUAUGUGAAUGGAGCCAUCACAUCCACAUUAGUGAUUUUUAUAAGUUUCUACUUGGUGUUUGGUUGUGUUGAUCUCAUCUUUUUAACUUUUUGUGUGAUUAACAGAAAUGCAUUUUGCUGACAAAGACAUCUGUAUUUAUCUCUUUACUGUUGCAUCAUUUCAGUUUUAGUUGUAACAAAAACUAUAACAUUUUAAGUUGUGUAAGAAAAAGAAGAAAAAAACUGCCAAUUGUAGUUAUUUUAUUUGUAAACCAGUAAUGAUAAAUAUUUUAAAUGGUUAUCAAUAUAUUGUUUCCGCUAGUUACCCAUCAGCCAUUUGACAGGUUUUCUUAUUUAUGAAAGAAAUUAGAUCAUGUUUGCUUCUUGCAAUGGAGGUGUAUUUUUAUUCUUAUUCUAUUGUUUCAUUUCCUUUGGUUUGAUAAAAAUGAUGAUGAUCACAACAAUGAUUAUUUCUUUACUUUUUUUUACAUUUGUGGGUGCUGCUCCCUCUGCCCCCCCCCCCUUUGCCAGCAGCAUCUGUUUGUGUCACAACGCUUCUUUAAUUUCAAAACCUGCAUAAUAAAAAAAAGUUUAAAAGUGA